AUGGUUAGGCUUCGAGUCUGUUUCGCACUCCUUUCUUUCUCUUGCUGCCUGCUCCUCCCGCGUCAAAUCUUGUGCAGCGAAGCCCGGAGUCUUGUCAGACACCGAGCACCCUUUUGUUCGGAAACGUCGGUUCACACGAAUGACGGGACAGAUUUCUUCGCUCAGCCUUCCCUGUCACUGCUCCGUCCCUCUUCCGCGCUUUCGUCUCACGACUUUCCUUCCUCCCCCUUCACGGCUUCAGCUGACCCCAGAGGAGGAAAAUGGAGCCGACGAAGCGAUGGCCGCCGAGGCGGUACAAAACAGGUUAGAGCGCAGGCUAUGACCACUUCGUUGCCGCUAUCUCUUCGCCAACGCAAAACGCCUUUCCAGUUCGAUCUGUGUCUGCGGUUCCCCUUCGUUUCCCCAAUCCGUUCCUCGACUCCCUCAGUCCCUUCUUCCGAGGAGAUUCGAACUGCGCUCUCAUUUUUGUCGGGACGUCCGAGCAGCUUGGAGGAAGCUCUCGGCGCGCCGCCUGCAAAGGCCGUGUGGCGCCUUCACCUAGGAGGGGCAACUCAUGGCUCAAGAUGGCGGUUUUCUCGUUCCGGCGUUUCCUCGUGUCCAUCCUCCUCACGGUUCUCAGUGUCGCCGCAGCCUUUGCGCUCACGAUUCGGUUCCCCUUUCUCUCUUUCCGGGCGUCUGCGGGGUCCGCUGGGUGGACGAGGGCGUCGGCUAUCACCGUCGCUGAGCCGCGACUGGAAGACACGACUCCUGACAGCUCUUUCUCAGGAGGCUCACAGCUCACACCUCUGUGAGAACCACGGGGGUUCUGCAGCGAGGAAUCCUGUGCAGAGAAUCCACAGUCCGGAAACGGCCAGAGAGAACGAAGAAGUCAGAUGCGCCACAGGCCGCGGGCCUUCCGCAGGUCGCAGCACACACGCGAACAGCGGUGAGGGGCCUUGUCGCCGGAUCGGAGUUGCUGAAGAUGAGCAGGCGAAAGACACUGGAGAGCCGUUGCAAAUGAUGAGUCUGAGGCACGUUGCGGAAAGAGGCAAGGAAGUCCUUGAUGCCCUUGAAAAACGCCACGAAUCCACGGAGGUGGUGGAUGCGGCAAGAAAUCUCAUCGAACAUCUCCUGCCCACACAUCGCCGUCUGCAAGUGGAGACUUGGCGCAGAGCCACGGAGCGCCGCCAUCGCGCAGCUGCUGCCUUCGCCGCUUCCCAGGAGUUCGCAAUUGCGCAGAAGGAUGACGUUGACCCUUUUGAAGAAAGGGAGCGUUUGGGUGGCACCGAGACCGAAAGAGGCAGAAAGGUGAAGAAAGAGCAGCAACCGGCGCUCGCCUCUCUCCACGAGCAGGCCGCCCAGACUCGUGCCACUGUGGCUCGUCGAGUUCAGGAGCUCCGCGAGUCUGGAUCACGAAUCAGCGCCAUCAUGAAGCGACUUCCCAAUGCAUUAGACAGCCGAGUUCCAUUGGGGAUCGACUCGAGGGAUAACCAAGAGGUUGACCGCUGGUGGCCGCCUUCUCUCUCUGCACCGUCGUCCUUCCUGCACCCGGAAAUGUCUCCUCCUUCUCCUCCUUCUUCUGUUCGCCACCCGUUAUCUACAGGCUGCGCUUGGCAGAGAGGGGUGGAAGAAGCAUUGGAGGAGAGAGACAACGAAAUCGAUGAGGACGGUGGAAGCACGGAGCCUUCACAAAAGGUGGCGGGUGUUCCUGGAACGGCUGCAGCGUCUUCGUUUGAAAGACAGGUGACCCCGGAGACCUCCGCUUCUUCGUCGCAUGGGCUCCUCGAUCAUUCGACUCUUCUCGCUGUCCUCAACGCCUCCACCGAUGGCGAGGCGACUACUCGCAUGGCUGGCAGACGGCAUUCCGCCCUACGCGGUAUGGUGGCUCGACUGCAUAGAGCUUUGAAGAAUUACUUUCUCGAUUUCCUUCUCGCCCUCGACACUGAAGACGGCAAAAAGUUUACGGAGGUCGGAGUUCCUCCUCUGAUUGUCAGCCGCUCCACCCUCGAAGGCACUGGCCAGCUCCCCCGCCUGGAAAACGGUCUCUUUGCUCUUCCGGCGACCUCGAACAACCAAAUCGCUGGAGAAAAUGCCUUCCUUAUUCCUACGGCCGAGGUGCCUCUCGUUGGCUUCUACAGGCAAAAGCGAAUUCCGGAAGAGGACCUGCCAAUACGCCUGACUGCAGCGACGCCUUGCUUCCGGCUGGAAGACGGAACCUACGGCAGGUGGAAUCGGGGCCUUCUCAGACAACAAGUCUUUGAGAAAGUCGAGUCCGUCGUCAUCUGCACGCCGGAGCAAGCAGAAGAAGAGCAUGCACGACUGCGCAAGAUCGGGAAAACGCUUUUAAAGGAACUACAGAUUCCGUUUCGCGAGGUUCUCCUCUGCAGCGGAGACAUGAGUGCCACCGCCGCCAUAUGUUACGAUCUGGAGGCGUGGAUUCCGAGCCUCCAAGGGUUUCUCGAAGUAUCUUCGAUCUCAAACUGCUGGGACUACCAGGCUCGGCGUCUGUCUGUGAAAUUUCAACCCUCAAAGGGUGCCUCGCGACAGCAGACGGUCUCCAGCAAAAACAAGGAAGCAGGGGACGCCGGACAGACAUCAGCGAAACGCUCAUCGCGUUUCUGUUUCACGCUGAACGGCUCCACGCUGGCUGUCGGCAGGACGCUGGUGGCUGUGAUAGAAAACCAUCAAUUUAUCAAAGAGGAUCACUCUGGCAAGAAACGUGGUGUCCGGAUACCAAAGCCCCUUCAGCCCUACCUCGGAGGCCUCGAAGAAAUUCUGGAAGACAGUCCGUCGUUGUCGAGCUGA